GAUCUCGUGUAGGAAUUAGUACAGGUACAUUAUAGAAGAGAAAAAUGUUACUCAUGAAAAGAUCAAAUCAAUUUGGAAAUUAAUUAAUAAAAGACAGACCACAUGAUUUUUGUUUGACCUGGUGUUUUAUGCAUAAUAUUUUAAAUCAUGAAAAUGCUUAAAUCAUAAAUUUGCAACAAAUUAUUCAGCAGAAGAGAAACUCAAAGGAGAAAUGAUUUCUAAUACUGAUCACGAAAUCACCAAACCUCUGAUCAACAACGACCAAAUCUCCAGCUCAGACACUUCUCAUGUCAGCGACGACGAUGACAACGGCGACAAUUCACCUGUCGAGCAAGUGGCGCUUACCGUCCCUAUCACCGACGAUUCCACGCUCACAGCCGUCACGUUUCGCACGUGGACAUUGGGAGCUCUGGCUUGCAUACUUCUCUCAUUUCUCAAUCAAUUCUUUUGGUACCGUAAGGAACCGCUCUCCAUCACUUCCAUCUCCGCUCAGAUUGCGGUGGUUCCGCUCGGUCAUCUCAUGGCUUCUUUAAUCACCGACAAGGUUUUCUUCCGAGGGAAAAAAUUUGAGUUUUCACUUAAUCCGGGACCGUUUAAUGUAAAAGAGCAUGUGUUGAUAACGAUAUUUGCUAAUUCUGGAGCUGGAAAUGUUUAUGCAAUUCACGUCGUUAGCGCCGUUAAGGUAUUUUACAAAAAGGAGGUGGGAUUUUUUGUGGCGUUACUUGUCGUCAUAACGACGCAGGUGUUGGGCUUCGGGUGGGCUGGUGUGUUCCGGCGAUACUUAGUUGAGCCCGCUACUAUGUGGUGGCCACACAAUUUGGUUCAGGUUUCUCUAUUCAGGGCAUUGCAUGAGAAAGAAAAGAGGAAUAAAGGAAGAUUAACAAGGAAUCAGUUCUUUAUUGUUGCCUUCAUUUGCAGCUUUGCUUAUUAUGUCUUUCCAGGCUAUCUUCUUCCAAAGUUAUCCUCACUAUCCUGGAUUUGUUGGUUGUUUCCUGCUUCUAUCCUUGCCCAUCAGCUUGGUUCCGGACUCCAUGGUCUGGGAAUUGGCGCGUUCGGGUUCGACUGGGCCACUGUAUCCUCUUACCUUGGUAGUCCUCUGGCUAGUCCAUGGUUCGCAACUGCAAAUGUAGCUGCUGGUUUUUUCCUUAUCAUGUAUGUCAUUACUCCAAUUUCAUACUGGCUCGACAUUUACAAAGCCAAGAGCUUUCCCAUUUUCUCUGAUGGCCUUUUCACAUCUUCUGGUCAACGAUACAACAUUUCAGCUAUCGUAGAUCCGAAAUUUCAUAUUGACAUCGACGCAUAUCAGCGUCAGGGUCCUCUGUACCUCAGCACCAAUUUUGCAAUGGUUUAUGGCUUAAAUUUCGCCUGCAUGACUGCCACUAUAGUUCAUGUUUUCCUCUUCCACGGAAGAGAUAUAUGGCAGCUAAGCAAGUCUGCAUUGCAAGACAAAAAGAUGGAUGUGCACACAAAACUGAUGAGAAAAUAUAAAGAAGUACCUGAAUGGUGGUUCUUGUGCAUCCUUGUCUUAAAUAUAGCAGCAACUGUAUUUACAUGCGAGUACUACAAUGAUCAGCUCCAAUUACCAUGGUGGGGCGUCUUGCUAGCUUGUGCUCUUGCCCUCUUUUUCACCCUUCCCAUUGGCAUCAUCACUGCCACCACAAACCAGACACCGGGCUUAAAUGUAAUAACAGAGUAUAUCAUUGGAUAUUUGUACCCGGGAUACCCUGUUGCUAACAUAUGCUUUAAAGUGUAUGGAUACAUCAGCAUGAAACAAGCCCUUACCUUUCUACAAGAUUUCAAGCUCGGUCACUACAUGAAGAUUCCUCCUAGAGCAAUGUUUACCGCUCAGGUGGUUGGUACGGUCAUAUCAGCCUUGGUGCAUUUAGUGACAGCAUGGUGGCUUAUGGAGACUGUCCCCAAUAUAUGCGACCGUGAAUUGCUUCCACCAGGAAGUCCUUGGACUUGUCCAGGUGACCAUGUUUUCUAUGAUGCAUCUGUCAUCUGGGGUCUAAUCGGCCCACGUAGAAUUUUUGGCGAUCUAGGUCACUACUCUGCCAUAAAUUGGUUUUUCUUGGCUGGGGCUAUAGCUCCUUUGCUCAUUUGGCUUGCACACAAGACAUUCCCCAAUAAGCAUUGGAUCAAACUCAUCUCUAUGCCAGUACUAUUAGGUGCUACACUCCAGAUGCUUCCAGCUACGGCUGUCAACUUUACUACUUGGAUUCUUACUGGAUUUGCCUCAGGCUUCAUUGCUUACCGAUACUACCGUGAUUUGUGGAGCCGCCACAAUUACGUGCUAUCCGGGGCACUUGAUGCUGGAUUAGCCUUCAUGGCAGUGUUGUUGUAUUUAUGCUUGGGGAAGCAGCAUGUAAUUCUUGACUGGUGGGGAAAUGAUUCAGAUGGAUGCUCAUUAGCUUCUUGCCCUACCGCCCCGGGAGUUAUAGUAAGAGGUUGCUUGCCGGUCAUCUGAGAUAUAAGUGAUUGAUUUGGAUUAUUUGUCAAAAGAGAGAGAUUGAAACUAAUGUGAGUGAUUGUAUAUAAGACAUUGCAAUUUUGCUUGUGCUUUCAUCCUAGCUUUCUUGUAAUUAAGUGUUGUAUUUGGAGAUGUGUAUGUGCAUAAUUGGAAAAUGUUGGGCAUUUAAA